GCCAUAAGUAUGCACCGGCCGGCCAAGAUCUGUACACAUGGAACUUCGGAAGAAACUCUCGUAUAAUUUCGUUAUUGGCAUCCAUUUGCUCUCCGAGGCUGUACGACCCUGUACUCUCUAUUACUUACUUCGAACUUCCGGUUGCAGCGGCAUAAUCUUGAACGUACCAAUUCUGCCGCAAUUUUGGCGCUUAUACCACUGGCAAGCACUGCCGCUAUGUAUCAAGACUGCCACCAAACGUGAGAUUAGAUUGCCAAAACAUAGAUUUCGAAGCUUGAGAUACACAGCAUGGGCACCACGAAGAUAACGAUGCCAAGCGCUGAGGCCUGAGGGGCAGUGGUUUAUACCCAGACCUGCCGGCGCCUUUAGGCAUAACGACUCCCCGAGAUUCUUUUCAAUCUUGCAAUGCAUGUGUCCUUGCAUCUUCCAACUGUCUACCAGCCAAGUGAACCUGUCCCGGUUAACGGAUCCCACGUUAGCAAUGUCAUAAUGUCUUCCGAUCUACAUCUUAAACUCUGUCCCAUAUCUGCUGAAGGAGUUCAACAAGAGAGAUAUGACAAAAAGAAUAUCAUCCCGAGAAACACCAAGGAUUUCAAUAUCCCAUUUAUGACGACGGAUCCUAUCGAGAGACCACUUCCUCUUGGAUGGGAAGUUUUCAUUCAUCCUGAAGGCUGCCUCUACUACUGUUAUGAAAGCGAGGCCGUCAUUGACGAGUGUUCAAGGAAAAUUCGCGUUGUAACUCAGGCGGAUCUCGCUCAUCAUGGAGUUCCUGGGCUGAUUGAAAACCUUGCAAAGCUCGCCUAUAGUCAUGCUUAUCAUUAUCCUUCUUUCCCGGUGGACGUGGACCUCGUAUUGGAACUUAAGGAUGUGAGAGGAACUAUUGUGGGAGGGUACUACUUCGUGCACCACAAGAACAAGUGCCUGUUCUGGUUGCAGGACUUCGAUGCCACCGUCAUCUUGCGGGAAUGCGGUGGGGUCACUGAACUUUCUCAUCAGCAAAUCGAGCUGGAGGCUCAAUACUGGAAGCACAUCGACCUGUUUCCGCACGCAACUGCUCUCCACUCUCAGGUCCGUCAGCAAUUGCAGCAAAUCAUCCGUUUUGCGAUAAGCGAUUGCAUGACUUCGGAGGUGUCGGCGGUCUGCGCUUUCAGCAUGGAUGUCCUGAAGAACACUUUGGACCUAAUCAAGGAUGUGGAUGUGGAGAACGAUUGCAUCCAGUCGGCACAUGACAAAUGUUUCAUCGCGAGGAUGAUGAACCAUUUUAAACACUGCCAAUACCUCAAUUAUCAUGGGCAACGAGGCGCGCGGCUCUCUCGAGACCAGACUGUACACGGAGACACCUACGAGGAACGUUCCACGAUGAUGAGAUGUCUUGCACUCUUGCUCUUCAAUGCCCCUUAUGAGCACGUCCGCUCUCUUCACAAACUCUACGUCGACUCCAUCGUCAAUCACCUCGACUGGCGCACCUUUGUUCAGAAGCUGAACGCCGAGAUGCAGGACUUCAAUCUGCUGGCGACAGUGCUCUUGAAUGUCAAUGUUGGGUUUUUGGCGAUCCAGAGCGUAGAUAAUGGUGGCGGACAUUCCUUGUCGCAAGUUGCGAGCUACGUGUCUGUGAUAUCAAGCUUUGGGAGUAUGCUGCUUGGCGUGAACCUUGCUCGACAAAGCUACACGCAAGGUCCAGACAUGGUUGAUAACGCGCAAGCACACCUGCAGCACUUAAUGCACCCAAAGCACGGCCUCGAGACACUUGCAAUCAUAUACAGCUUGCCGUACGCAUUGCUUAUGUGGGGUAUGAUCUUUUUCGUUCUCGCAUUCUUUACUGAGUGUUUUCAUCACUCGAGUGCGGUACCCUCAGUCCCUAUCAGCGUGGCGGCACUCAUCGUGUUGGUGCUUAUUGGGUGGUCAUGUCACACCUUGGGAGAUUCAACUCUAAGCGCAGAAUGUGUGCACGUGUCUGAAAGCGUUCUUACGGCAGCGAGGUGGAUCAGAUCGAUCAAGGAUCUACCCAGAUGGAUUUCGGCGGCGGUGCGCUCUGUUUCAGCCCAUGCACGAGAACUUGAUUGUCUGCACCUUGCACCCGCAUAGCUUUCCAUGUUACUUAUGGUUGGUUGUCAUUCAAUAUUUAAUGGGCAGACUAUAUAUUACUAUCUUGGACGCACAUGAUAUCCAACUCAUGCUACCUAGUCUUGCAUAUACGCGGUCUAGCUGUCUCAUACGAAGCUUACUCUGAAAUCUCAAUCACUUCGAAAAGCUG